CGACCUCAAACAAAUCAAGAAUUUGCCAAUUGGGAACCACUGGUUUUUUGAACUGCCACGAAAAAUUAAUCUAACGAUCUAAAAAAAAACCUCAAAGAAUACGAAAAUAAGCAAAAAGAAGGAAAAAAAAAAAAAUCAACAAAUUUUUGAAGUGGAGGGGGCGGUUCUGCGUAGAAAGAAUAUGCCAUCUUAUAAAAGAUGGUUCCUUGCAGACAUUCUGGGAAAUAUGCCAAGUCGUUUCUCAAUCACCCACUUUUGCAUACCCACAUGCCUUUUUUCUCUUCGUCGUUACUCUCUUUCCUCUUCCUUCAUUCAGAUCCAGGACGCUCUCUGUUGUGCAUUUGAUGCUUGUAAAGUGGAGACAUCAGCCAAAAUUUUAUAUCAAGUGAAGUGACUCAAAUACUGAGAUUGAACAAUGGGAUCCAAGCACCCUGUCAGUUUACUAGAUACUCUAAAUAUGGAGGCAGUUCGGACAAUUUUCACUCACACGUAUCCCUAUCCCCACCAACAUUCAAGGCAUGCUGUUAUUGCCGUCUUCAUGGGCUGCCUAUUUUUCGUAUCAUCUGACAAUAUGCACACUCUUGUUCAGAAGUUAGACAGCAAUGUUAAAUGGUGGUCCAUGUAUGCCUGCUUGCUCGGAUUCUUCUAUUUCUUUUCAUCUCCAUUUAUAGGGAAAACAAUCAAACCAAGCUAUUCAAAUUUUAGCCGCUGGUACAUAGCAUGGAUAUUAGUGGCUGCUCUCUACCAUCUUCCUAGUUUCCAAUCUAUGGGAGUAGAUAUGAGGAUGAACCUCUCUUUGUUUUUGACAAUUUAUGUCUCUUCCAUUUUAUUUCUUCUCUUUUUCCAUGUUAUAUUCUUCUGCCUCUGGUAUGUUGGCCUUGUUGCUCGUGUGGCUGGAAAGAGACCGGAACUUCUAGCAAUUCUUCAAAAUUGUGCUGUUAUAAGUGUAGCCUGUUGUGUAUUUUAUAGCCAUUGCGGUAACCGUGCUAUUAUGAAAGAAAAGGCAUUCGACCGAAGAAACUUGGGCUGGUUUACACUGUGGAACAAGGGAGAACGUGACUCGUGGCUUGCAAACUUUGUUCGCGUGAGUGAAUUGAAGGAUCAAGUUUGCUCGUCUUGGUUCGCUCCUGUUGGGUCUGCUAAUGAUUAUCCAUUUUUGUCCAAAUGGGUCAUUUAUGGAGAAUUGACUUGUGGCGGCUCGUGUGCAGAAUCUCCUGAUGAAAUUUCUCCCAUAUAUUCCUUAUGGGCAACUUUUAUAGGACUGUACAUUGCGAAUUACGUUGUGGAAAGAUCAACAGGGUGGGCUCUCACUCACCCUGUGUCACAAAAAGAAUUUGUGAAGUUGAAGAAAAAGCAAAUGAAGCCGGAAUUUUUGGAUAUGGUUCCUUGGUACUCUGGGACUUCUGCUGAUUUAUUCAAGACAGUUUUUGACCUACUGGUAUCUGUAACUGUAUUUGUUGGACGUUUUGAUAUGCGUAUGAUGCAGGCAGCAAUGAGCAGAGUUGAAGAUGGAGCUAAGCAUGAGGAUCUUUUGUAUGAUCAAUUUAGUGAAAAAGAUGAACUCUGGUUCGAUUUUAUGGCUGAUACUGGUGAUGGUGGAAAUUCUUCUUAUAGUGUGGCACGGCUUCUUGCUCAGCCUUCAAUUAGGGUCCGAAGUAAUGAUUCACUACUUACACUGCCACGUGGUAACCUGCUGCUUAUUGGCGGUGAUCUUGCGUAUCCUAAUCCAUCAGCUUUUACAUAUGAGAGGCGACUUUUUCGUCCAUUUGAAUAUGCUCUUCAGCCUCCAUUCUAUUACAAAGACGAGCACAUAGCUGUGAAUAAGCCAGAAUUACCGUGUGGGGUGGCAGAUCUAAAGCAGUAUGAUGGACCACAGUGUUUUGUUAUCCCGGGAAACCAUGAUUGGUUCGAUGGGCUUCAGACUUUUAUGAGGUUCAUUUGUCACAAGAGCUGGUUGGGUGGGUGGUUUAUGCCGCAAAAGAAAAGCUAUUUUGCCCUUCAGCUUCCAAAAGGAUGGUGGGUGUUUGGUCUUGAUCUUGCUCUGCAUUGUGAUAUUGAUGUCUACCAAUUCAAGUUCUUCUCACAAUUAAUAAAGGAAAAGGUUGGAGACAAUGAUUCUGUGAUCAUUAUGACGCAUGAACCUAACUGGCUUCUUGAUUGGUACUGGAAUGAUGUGACUGGGAGAAAUGUUUCGCACCUGAUACGUGACCAUUUAAGAGGGAGGUGCAAACUUCGAAUGGCUGGGGACUUGCAUCAUUACAUGCGCCAUUCAUAUGUUCCAUCAGAUAAGCCAGUUGAUGUGCAACACUUGCUUGUUAAUGGUUGUGGUGGUGCUUUUUUACACCCAACUCACGUCUUUAGCGAUUUCAAUAAUUUUUGUGGCACAUCUUACGAAAGAAAAGCUUCUUAUCCUUCUUUUGAAGACUCAAGCAGGAUUGCUCUAGGAAAUAUAUUGAAAUUCAGGAAGAAAAAUUGGCAGUUUGAUUUCAUUGGUGGCAUUAUAUAUUUUAUGUUGGCAUUUUCAAUGUUCCCUCAGUGUAAGCUAGAUCACAUCUUGGAGGACAACACAUUUUCUCAUCAGUUGAAGAGCUUCUUUGGUACUGUGUGGAAUGCAUUUAUUUCUAUGAUCGGAGGCUCGUAUGUAUCCUUAGCGGGUGCUGUAUUAUUGUUAGUAACUACUAUUACAUUUGUACCCUCAAAAGUUUCUCGGAAAAGGAGGGUUAUAAUUGGGAUUCUCCAUGUUUCUGCACACUUGGCUGCUUCCUUGAUUCUCAUGUUGCUUUUGGAAUUGGGAGUUGAGACAUGUAUCAAGCAUAAAUUGCUAGCAACUUCGGGUGAGAAUGUGUUUCCUUUGAUCAGAUAUCAUACUUUAUAUGAAUGGUACCAGUCAGUACAGAGUGAGCAUUUCCCUGACCCAACCGGCCUUCGAGCACGCAUAGAGCAAUGGACAUUUGGUCUUUAUCCUGCAUGCAUCAAGUAUCUCAUGUCCUCUUUCGAUGUUCCUGAGGUAAUGGCUGUCACCAGGAGUAAUAUCUGCAAAAAUGGGAUGGACUCACUUUCCCGAGGAGGUGCUGUGAUAUAUUAUGCUUCCGUCUUCCUCUAUUUCUGGGUUUUCUCAACUCCUAUUGUGUCACUGGUUUUCGGAAGCUACCUGUAUGUCUGCAUUAAUUGGCUUCAUUUACAUUUUGACGAGGCAUUUUCAUCACUUCGCAUUGCGAACUACAAGUCAUUCACACGAUUCCAUAUUGACCACAAAGGCGAUCUUGGAGUUUUCACUCUUGCAAUAGAUAAGGUUCCAAAGGAAUGGAAGCUGGAUCCAAGUUGGGAAGGGGAAUCAAAACAGCCACAGCACCCUAGCUACCUCAGAAAGUUUCCUAGCAAAUGGGGAUCCGUUUCUUCUCAGCAGGACCCUGUAAGAACUGUGAGGAUUAUUGACCAUUUUGUUAUAGAACGAACACAAAACCCUGAAACGACAUGAAUUAACUGAUCAACAAUUCAUUGAUCAGUAUUUUGAUUUGUAACCAUAGUGUAAGUGAUGUUCUUUAGAAGUAGUUAGGAAAAUGCAAAAAAUUAGGUGGGAGAGAAUAUAUAUAUAACAAAGCAAUUCUUCAAGCACAUCUUCCAAGAUCUCAAGGCUCAUUUUGAUGGUGCACAUGUUGGAACCGAUGAGUGAUCUGAGCGACCCUCAACGCAUGAUACUAUAAUUUUCUUUGUAAUUUCUGUUUGUUUCAUUGUUGUUAUCAAUUAUAAAUUUAGUGGCAAAAUACAUUGCUUUCUAACUGGAUAUUUCUCAAACUUAUUUCUUUUUCCUC